UAGGGGGCCAACACUUGCAGUUUUCUCACCUGGGUUGAUAACUACUCCAGAGAAGAGGGCGGUACUAUUUCUGCUAGGACAGUCUCAGAAAGCCCCAGUGUGCGCGGGCGUGUGUGUAUGUGUGUGUUUGUGUGGGGGGAAGGUUUAUGAAACUCGAGAGUUCUUUGUCUGCUUCACAGGGAUUUUCCCUCUUCUGGUUGUGGGCAGAGUGGACCAGAUUGAGUUCCCUACAGAGAAGGAGAGGGUGACAGAGAAAAGCUUUAUGGCCCUUAGUUAAGGCAGCCAGGUAGCUUAGCUAUCGGUCAUAUCAGUCCUCCCCCCCAGGUCAAAAGUCAGUAUGCUGUGCAAUCAAAAGGCCAGAGCUUAGACCACCGUCAGGCCUCUUUUGGGCUGGGUACUGGGUCGGACUACUUUUGGGUUGGUACUAGGUUGGUUGUUGGGGGUGCGGGGCAGACCACUCCCCUCUCUGGGUGGGGGGGCGCGGCUUCAGCCGCCCCGCCCCACUCUUCCAGGUCCGGCCUGGCGGGAGCCGGGAGCGCGGAGCCGGGAGCCCGGAGAGGGCUGGAGAUCCAGAGUUCUCUCGAGGCGAGGAAGUAGGCACGCUGGAGCCGGAGCCCGGCCAAAGUGGGAGCAGCGGCGCAGGUGACGCUGGGUUGCCCUGGAGGCCCCUGGCCAGGCCUGAGCCUCUGCCACCAUGGCCAUUGUGCACACUCUGCCAGUGCCACUGGAGCCCGCACGUGAGACAGCCACUGCCCCACAAGCUCCAGCAAUGGGUAGCGUGAGCAGUCUUAUCUCAGGCCGGCCCUGUCCCGGGGGAUCUGCUCCUCCACGCCACCAUGGUGUCCCUGGGCCCACCUUCUUCCGCCAGCAGGAUGGGCUGCUACGGGGUGGCUACGAGGCUCAGGAACCACUCUGCCCAGCUGUGCCACCCAGGAAGGCUGUCCAAGGCACCAGCUUUACCUAUAUCAAUGAGGACUUCCGGACAGAGUCACCUCCCAGCCCAAGCAGUGAUGUUGAAGAUCCCCGAGAGCAGCGGGCAAACAAUGCCCACCUCCGUGGGCCCCCACCGAAGCUCAUCCCAGUCUCUGGAAAGCUGGAAAAGAACAUGGAGAAAAUCCUGAUCCGGCCAACAGCCUUCAAGCCAGUGCUACCCAAACCUCGGGGGGCACCAUCCCUACCUGGCUUCCUGGGUCCUCGAGCCGCUGGGCUGUCUGGGAGUCAGGGCAGCCUGACACAGCUGUUUGGGGGGCCAGCCUCCUCCUCCUCUUCCUCUUCCUCCUCUGCUGCUGACAAGCCCUUGGCACUCAGUGGCUGGGCCAGUGGCUGCCCAUCCGGGACACCAUCAGACUCUGGUCGCAAUUCUUUAUCCAGCUUGCCCACCUACAGCACCGGAGGUGCUGAGCCGACCACCAACUCCCCAGGUGGGCACCUGCCCUCCCACGGCCCCAGCCGAGGGUCACUGCCUGGUCCAGCCCGAGGGGUCCCUACUGGGCCCUCCCACUCGGACAGUGGACGAUCCUCCUCCAGCAAAAGUACGGGUUCCUUGGGGGGCCGUGUGGCUGGGGGUCUCUUGGGCAGCGGUGCCCGGGCCUCCCCUGGCAGCAGUUCCGGUGGAGACCGCUCUCCGCCCCCUCCGCCCCCUCCGCCCCCUUCGGAUGAGGCCUUGCUACACUGUGUCCUGGAAGGGAAGCUUCGAGACCGAGAGGCAGAGCUGCAGCAGCUGCGGGACAGUAUGGAGGAGACUGAGGCUCCUGUGUGUCAGGCGUUUGGGGCGCGGCAGAGGCACUGGCCCCGGGAGCGGGAGGACUGUGCCGCCCAGGCGCAGCAGGCCACACAGCGUGUCCAGCGGGCCCAACAGCUGCUGCAGCUGCAGGUGUUCCAGCUGCAGCAAGAGAAGCGCCAGUUGCAGGAUGACUUCGCACAGCUGCUGCAGGAGCGAGAGCAGCUGGAGCGCCGCUGCGCUACCUUUGAGCGGGAGCAGCGGGAACUCGGGCCGCGGCUGGAGGAGACCAAAUGGGAGGUGUGCCAGAAAUCCGGUGAGAUCUCCCUGCUGAAGCAGCAACUGAAAGAAUCUCAGGCGGAGCUGGUACAGAAGGGCAGCGAGCUGGUGGCGCUGCGGGUGGCCCUUCGAGAGGCCCGGGCUGCCUUGCGGGUCAGUGAGGGUCGGGCCAGGGGCCUGCAGGAGGCAGCCCGAGCUCGGGAGCUCGAGCUGGAGGCCUGCUCCCAGGAGCUACAGCGGUACCGCCAGGAGGCUGAGCGGCUCCGGGAAAAGGCUGGGCACUUGGAUGCUGAGGCAGCGGGACUCCGGGAACCCCCUGUACCCCCGGUGCCCCCGGCCACCACUGACCCUUUCCUCCUGGCAGAGAGUGAUGAGGUUAAGGUGCAGCGGGCAGCAGCUGGGGCAGGGGGGAGCCUGCGGGCUCAGGUGGAACGACUGCGCCAAGAGCUACAGCGGGAACAGCGGCGAGGAGAGGAGCAGCGCGACAGCUUUGAGGGGGAGCGGCUGGCCUGGCAGGCGGAGAAGGAGCAGGUGAUCCGCUACCAGAAGCAGCUGCAGCACAACUACAUCCAGAUGUACCGGCGCAACCGGCAGCUGGAGCAAGAACUGCAGCAGCUCAGCCUGGAGCUGGAGGCCCGUGAGCUUGCUGACUUGGGCCUGGCUGAGCCAGCCCCCUGCAUCUGUCUGGAGGAGAUCACUGCCACUGAAAUCUAGAGCUUGGCAAGGGGCGAGCCACAGGACCACUUGGGUCCCCGGAUCCACUGAGCACUCCAGGUCCCAGAGCCAAAGGGCCUCUGCCAAGCGUUCGGGUGGCCUUGUGACUUGAGUUCCGUUUCGCUGUCACCCAGAGGCACCUACAUACGCCACCAUUUCACUCCCCGGCUGUCAGCGCCACUGCCAGCCUUGUUUGCUCACAGAUGUUUGCCAGCCCACCCCAGCUGGGAAGAGAAAGGGGCUACCCCAUCUCCACAUUCUACCUGCCUGAAGCCAGAGAGAGCCAGAUGGCACCAGCUGUUCCAGAUGUGCCUGCCCCCAACAUGCCCACGAGGAGGGGCGGGGCUAGGACUGGGGUCUGAUCCCCGUGUCCAGCUCUGCAAGCCCCUUCUGGGCUGAGGGGGCUGAAGUCAGACCAAAGGAAGAACCCAGCAAUGUCUUGUUUAUUUGUUUUUGUGACCAAGCAGCCCCUCCUGUUACCAGGUUUCUGGCCUCGUUUUCACUUGUAUAUUUUUCAUAUGUAAAUUUCUUGUACAAACCCAAAGAAAACAUUUUAAAAUUUUUUGUUUUUAAAAAAAAAGUAUGCUGGAUAAAGA